AUGGGUAUUUAUUGUGCCCGUGCUAUUUUAAUUGAUAAUUUAUUACCUGACAUUGCUUUUGAUAUUUUCACACAUGUAACAGAAUUUUUUGGUUACAAAGUUGUUCUUCUCGGUGAUUUUUCUGCUGAAAAAUUGGAAAAACCUUUUGAAAUAAAUUAUAGAAUAACAGAAAAUGUUGAAUAUAUUAAAGUUAUAACAAAAAAUCAUCGAAUUCAAGGAGCUGUUUUAAUUGGUGAAACAGAAAUGGAAGAGGUUAUGGAAAAUUUAAUAUUAGACCAAAUAGACAUUUCUCAAAUUGAGGAUAAAUUACUUGAUCCAAAUAUUGACUUGGAAGAUUAUUUUGAUUAA